AUGCCGGCCGGAUGGAGGGAGCUGUCGGCCGACGACGGGGCCGCGCUGUGCUGCCUGCUCUGCUUCUGGCUCCUCUACUCGCAGCCGCCCAAGGAAGGUAAGGAGCUGGAGGUGGGGAUGUGUGAGAUCACAGCGCUGGACAGGGACCUCAGCCACCCCAGGAGGAUGAUUGCCAGGCAGACAGCGCGGUGCGCGUGCAGGAGGGGCCAAGUGGCUGGCACGACCAGGGCAAAACCAGCCUGUGUGGAUGCUCAGCUCAUUGCCAGUAAACAGUGGUGCGGGAUGGAGCCCUGCGACGAAGGAGAGCAGUGCACUUUGUUAAUCAAUCGCUCAGGAUGGAGCUGCACAAGACGACUGGGCCGAAUAAAGACCGUCACUGUCUCCUGACAGCAGCAAGUCACCAGGUGCAAGAGCUGUGCCUCCACUCCUGGCUGCCGAGGCAGUCCCCAUGCCACCUUCCUGGAGCCAGGGGAGCCCUGACUGUCUGGUAUCCACAUGGGUCAAUCUCCUUGCAGUGGGGCUUUGUCUUGGCUCUGUGGACUGCACCCUGGACCUGGAGCCACCUGGGCAGGGGCCUCACUCCAUUGCUGCCAGGACCGUGCAAACAGCUCAAACAAAUGGGCCGGAUUUCGUUUUAUUCCAGGCACUCUGGAGGGUUUUUAACUGAAAUGCAACUUUCUGCAGAUCUUUUUUUGUGAAUGGAGGGAGCAACCUCUUGGCAUCCCCAGGGUCAGAGGUCUGGUGGAUAUCUUUGCAGUGGCUGGGAGUUGCCUGGCCCCCCAAGACAUGGAGGAAAACAGCUUGGACAGAUGUUUAAUCACAGCAGGGGCUGAGAGUUGGAGAGAUGCACCUUGAAGAAAAUCGUCUCGUUUCCCCCAGUCUCUGGAGUGCAGAGCGUGAGCCAUCCCAGAGGGAGUCCCUCUUAAGAGUCGCUGAGGUCUCCUCAUCCAUGGCUUCCCAGCCUAUUCACAGCAGUUUGUACAGAGCAAGAGUCCUGCGGAGUGGGGCAAGCCGACUGCCCUCCACUUCUCAGCACGGCAUCCCCGGGGGCCGCUGUGCUGAGCGGAGACAGUGAUGAUAUACGGAAGAUGAGCCGAUCUGUUUCCAUUUGCAGUUUGUCCAUCGGCGGCUCCCUGUUUCCCCCGGUGUAUUCCAUGGCCCCGAACAAGUGGCUGAGUCGUCACUAGAAAUAAAUCCUCGGCCUGCCAUCCAUUCCCAGGCAGUCUAUCAGUGGGCAGGCAGCGGAAGCUGGAAGCCGAGCCGUGUCAAUUUGUUUUGACCAGUCAUGCAGCCUUGUGUUUGUGCCUGCAGCUGUGGGAGUUGAAGGGGGUCUGUGUCAAGAGUUUGCUGCCCUUGGUGGCUUCCACCAGUGUCCCUGCAAAAAAACAUAUUCGCUAGGAAAGAGUGAGAGUGGAAGGGAGGAAGCAUGGUGGAAGCAGGCAGGCUUCCCUGCUUGGAGGACACGUGGGUGAGGUGUUCGGCUGGAGGUGGAGGUAUCAUGGGGACACAAUGUCUGACGGUAGAGUGGGGAUGCGAGCUGGUGGCUGGGUUCGGAAGGGCUUGUUUGACUCCUGGCAUGGAUAGGACCUCAGUGUUAGAGGAGGCUUUGGGCAGCCAGGUGGGGCUCUGCAGAAACACGUUAGGCCUGACUUUGGGGGCUUUGUCUAGAGCAAGCUUUGGAAGGCAUUGGCCGGCAUGUUGGCAGCCUAGCAUAGAUAAUGCAGUGUGCUUUUAAUGCAGGUAACACCAGAAAUGUCCAAUCCCCAGCACAGAAACACCCUAUCCUAUAUGAAAGGCACGCUGUUUUAUCUACGCUGGGCUGCAACCUGUUAGCAAAUACCUUCCAAACCCCAGGUUCCUCUAGGCAGGAGGUGCUGAAUGUCCACAACCCACCCUGAAGCUAGUGGGCAUCGAAGCUGCAUAGGACCCCUCAGGAUCAAGCCCUUUCUCACUGUCCAUCCUGACUUCUCUAUACAGUCCUACAGGUAACAUAGUGCUUGAUGCUGGAGAAGUGAAGGCCCUUGCCCCACAGAGCUCGGAGGCAGGGCUGAGCCAAAUCCCUGGUGAGAACCUCACCAAGCUGUGGGAAGCUUGUACCGUGGGGCGUGUGUGUCCUCAGGGUCACUGCCACAUGGAGAUCUGUGGUUUGCACUGGAUGUCCAUGCCACCAGGCCUCAAAGAAGAGGUGGGAAAAGGGAAGCAUGAGCAUAUGUCACUGGCAGACCAAGGGGACAGCUGGACAGAGAGCAGAGGCAGGCGGAGGGGCAAGAAGAGGCUUGUGUGGAAUCAGGGGUCCCCAUGACACUGUGAUGCUAAAGAAGAGUCCCACUGAUAAGAUCCAGCCUGAUCCCUGAGCCACAGCACCCUGUUUCCAAAGCAGCGUGCUUGUCUCGGUGCCCCAUUCCCAGAGCAGACAGGCAGCUGCGUGGGGAUUUCCCUAUAGGGUGCCAGGCUCUGGCUUUGGUGGCAGUGCACAGGGUGACCCAGCGAGACACCGUGCACACCCUAUAGAGCCAGCUGCUGCCGAGGGGACCAGCCCCUCCGUCACCUUGUAAAUAUUACCAGGGCUCCCUCUCGCCUCCCGCCCCCUCCCAUCUCAUUGUGAGUCGGACUCCUGGGUCCAAGAGCCUUUUCCACUGUAAGAAAUUUCCAAAAACUUGUAAUGUUGACAUCGUCAGGAAAUAAAAUUCUAACUUUAUUAAUCAAA